AUGCCUGCAUCUGGCUCGCCCUUGCUGCUCACUGCGCUACUGGUGGCGCUUACCACACCCGCUUUAGUGCAUGCUCGAGCGAUGGACGUGGAUGAGUGGCCUUCUACAGAGAAUGACCAUACAAAGUUGCAGGUGGUGCUACCUGAAAAGCUUAUGAAGAAGGACGGAUAUCAGCACAGAGAUGCACUUUUUGGCUACCCGGCUUACUCGAUGGGUUCGCUACAGGCACAGUUGGUGUACACGAAUGAGUCUGGUUGUAGUGAAAUCAAGAAUAGUGAAUGGGAACCACCCUUUGCGCUUUUGUUGGACCGUGGAGACUGCCAUUUUGUGGAGAAAGUGCGUCGUGCCCAACACGCUGGCGCGCGUGCUGUGCUUAUCGCAGACGACAAAUGUCUCUGUACCGAUGUUGAUUGUCUGCGCGAAACGGGUGACGACUACUGCGAGACAGUGUUGCCAUUUAUGGCGGACGAUGAAUCGGGAGGUGACAUUACUAUUUCGAGCAUGCUGAUUCGUAAGAGCGACGGUGAUGCUAUAAAGCGCGAGAUUGCGCAGAGCAAAGGCGUUAGCAAUGUGAUGGUCAAGUUUGAAUGGGGUAUUCCAUCGCCUGAUGGCCGUGUGGAGUGGACGUUGUGGCAGAGCGCUUGGGAUGAUAAGUCGUUAUUGACUUUGUCUAAUCUGGAAGAGAUGGUUACGGCGUUGGGCGACCGCGCCUUCUUCACUCCGCACUUUGUGUCGUACAAUGGUACUAGAUUGGGUUGCCACGACGAUGGUAAUCUGGGUGCUUCGGUUUGCGGCAACAUGUGCCUGAACAACGGCCGCUACUGUUUGUUGGAUCCGUCGCCUUUUCACGACCGCUCGUACGGCGCGUCUGGAGCCGAUGUGGUGCUAGAGAAUCUGCGUCGCAAGUGUAUUUGGAAGCUUGAAAGCGAGAAUAGCCCGGGUGUUGGACUGAAUUGGUGGAAGUAUGUGAAGGCAUCUGGAGCAGCUUGCGGCAAGGACGAAGACGUUUUUCGUGGUCGUGCUUGCCCCGAGAAGGUUAUGAAGGAGUUGAAUAUUGACGUAAAGGCGGUGGAAAAGUGUAUGCAACCUUACGGUAUCGACGUGGAUCAAGUGAACCUUUUGCUUGAGGAGGAAUUAAAGGAACAGACUGCGCUUCAGCUUUUGCGUUUACCGGCGCUUUAUGUGGAUGGAGUACACGCUCGCGGUCGUGUGGACCCAACCAGUAUUUUGGGUAUGGUGUGCGCUGGAUAUGGUGUCCAUGAUCCUCCUGAGGUGUGCACGUGCGCUGGUCAGUCGUCAUCGGGUCUGUUGGAUUGCGUGAAGGUGGGCAGUCUUGCGAAUGCGGCCUCUAUUGCGAGCACCAGCGGCUAUUCGUUCACGUCCCUAGUUGUUGUGCUGCUUGCUUUUGUGGGCAUAGUGGCUGCAGGUGGUUUUGUUUACUGGCGUCGUACCCAGCGCCACAUGCGUGACCAGGUGCGCAGCAUUUUGGCCGAGUACAUGCCGUUGGAGGACCAGUCUAUGAAUGAAGAUUAUGAUUUGGAAGACGAGAAGUCCCAAAUGCUACACCCUGCGGAGGUUGCUGCUGCUAAGAGCCCUCGGGGUUAUAUGCCUUCGCGCGGCUUUCUAGAGGAGGGCGAGGAUGAGGGUGUGUAG